UAAAGUAAGUGACGCUCACUGUGUACGGCUAAGCUUCCCGUAGAAGCGCUCUGCAGCUCGCAGUCCCGGUUCUAAAUGAAUGGCAGUGCGGCCGCCGCGAGUCGGGUUCAAAUUUAAAUUUUCUUGUGAUUCAGUGCUGGUGUGAUAAUCGUGGCGGACGGCGGUGUGCUUUCCUUGUGCGCUUUUCUGUCAGGCGACAGAGGAAAGUAAAGUCGGAGGAGAAAAAGUGUGUGUGUGUGAAAUUUCAUCAUUUACUGAAUUGGUCGAAGCAAGUGGGGCCCGCGUGAAUUAUUUCAUGAAACAUAAACUCAGUCCAAUGUGCUUUUUGCGGCAAGGUAGAUAGUACUAGAUUUGGUGCCCUAUUGUGAAUCCUACAGAACAAAAUGGCGACCAAGCCAGCAAAGGAUGUUCAAGAUGCAAUCGCACUUGAAGCGAUCGCCGCCCCGAGAGUGGGUUGCUGCAGAAGGAUAGCGAAAUUUAUUUGCGUUUACUGGCGUGCGCUGGUGGUAGUUUUAGCUCCGAUUAUUUCGGCGGGUGUUUUCGCCAUAAAUACUACGCCUGCCUACCGAUGUAUGUAUGUGGUGCUGAUCAUGUCGAUGUAUUGGGUUACGGAAGCUCUGCCGCUUCCGAUAACUUCGAUGCUGCCGAUUGUGCUGUUUCCUAUGCUAGGCGUGCUGGACACCGACCGGACAACGAUGAUGUACAUGAAGGAAACCAUGCUGAUGUUCAUCGGUGGUAUCAUCAUUGCCCUGGCAGUUGAGUACUGCAAUCUGCAUAAGAGGGUGGCCCUGAAGGUUAUCUCGAUUAUCGGAUGCAGCCAAAGGAGAUUGAAUUUCGGCUUGAUCACCGUUACGAUGUUCGUCUCGAUGUGGAUUUCGAACACUGCGGCCGUUGCCAUGAUGUGUCCGAUUAUGCAAGCUGUCCUUGAGGAACUGGAAUCGCAAGGAUUGUGUGAAAUGUACGUUAGACCAAAGAAAACCAGUGAAGAGGAAGGAAUGCUUGGCAAUGACAAAGCGGAAGCGGAUGAACCAAAGAGACCUUCCAAAACGACCAUCUGUUACUACGUUGGAGCUGCCUAUGCGUCAUCUAUCGGCGGCUGUGGUACCAUCGUUGGAUCCGGAACAAAUUUAACCUUCAAGGGUAUCUACGAAAGCCGUUUUCCGACCGCCCCAGGAAUUGAUUUCCCUAAGUUCAUGUUCUACAACGUACCCGGUAUGUUGGCCAACACGUACCUCACGUGGAUGUAUCUGCAGUGGCUGUACAUGGGAAUGUUUAGACCAAACAGCCCUGAAGCCAAGGCAGCUAACAUCGGCAAAGAGGGCGAAGCUGUCGCAAGUCGUGUGAUAGAAACCCGCUACAAGGAGCUCGGUCCGAUGUCGUCACACGAGAAGAGUGUUGCCUUCUUGUUCGUUGUUGCCGUUGCGUUGUUUUUCUUCCGUGAACCAGGAUUCAUCACCGGGUGGGCUGAUCUUCUACCAGCUGUCAAGAUCCGCGAUGCCACACCAGCAAUCUUUGUCGUGAUUAUGCUAUUCGUCGUUCCCGCUAACUGGCGCUGCUUAAAAUUCUUCAGGCGGAAUCCUGGUCGCCUCCCAAAUGAAGCGACUCCCGGUCUUAUCACCUGGAAGUUCAUCCACCAGAAGGUUCCCUGGAGUCUAAUCUUUCUGCUCGGUGGCGGUUUCGCGCUUGCCGAAGGAGGUCGCGUCUCUGGAAUGUCGGCACUGCUUGGCCAGUCACUUUCCGGGUUGAAAACAUUACCACCACUGCUGAUGUUGUUUGUUGUUCUGCUCACUGCCUCAACGCUCACGGAGUUUACGUCCAACGUCGCCAUCUGCAACAUUAUGCUGCCCGUGCUUGCGGAAAUGGCCAUCGCCAUCGAGAUGCAUCCACUGUAUCUUAUGCUGCCUGCAGCGUUGGCGUGCAGCUUCGCCUUCCAUAUGCCGGUUGGAACGCCUCCGAAUGCAAUCGUAGCAGGACUGGGUAAUAUUCCGAUCAAGGAUAUGGCUAUUGCUGGAAUUGGUCCGUCGAUUUUCACCGUUUUGGUGAUCUGGGCUACCUUCCCAACGUGGGGCGCAGUUGUCUAUCCGGAGCUGGUAACUUUCCCAGAGUGGGCCCGACCAACAAAUCUAACCGUGCAUUAGAUGCAAUCAAGCAGCAAUAUUAAUGGACAGAGAACGGAAAAAUAGAAAAAGAAAACCAAAAUUUGUGCCAAAAAAUUAUGUUGGCAGGAAAGAUGCAAUAUUUCAGGUAAUAAGGAAGUUUAGUGAACAAAGGGAAACUAGCAAAUAUGCGGCAUUAGUUGAUAAAGCAUUGUGCCUGUUUAAUUAGGUUGCGUUCUGAUGUUUUAAGGUGAGCAAUAAAGAACCGUAACAAUAAUUAGCGGGGACUGGGUAUCGAUGAAUUACGAAAAAGAAUUGUUUUGGAGCGCAGGGAAUAAGGUACUGAUUGAGAGAUACGCGCUAGCAUUUUCGAUAUCUGAUUGCGAAUAGAGUAUCUAGACAGAAAACAAAAACAUGCAUUUCAAACUUCGUGCCUGUUCGGGGCAGCAAUUUUCGUCGAUUUACUAGGAGAAAGGUUUCUACAAGCAACAAAGUACUAUUGCGCAGCUGACAUAGAACGGUGUAGAUUUGGCAGCAAUAGUUAAAAAAUCAUGAUAGUCUUCCAAUGACACAAGCAGUACUCAGAAUUCUUAUAGAUUUUGAAUAUAACUUUUUAAGAGAACAACUAGAAAGUAGCUUGUAUUAAAUGAUACCAGUUACGAACACUAGGAAUAGCAAAAUUAUUGUUCGUUGUUGAUUUGCAACAUUCUAGAAGACAAUUGUUGUUAGGGAUGUACUUGUAACACAGAAUAAAGCAGUAUAUAAUUUCGUAAAAAAUAAACAAAAUAAUAGAUUUAAUGUCUGCAAUAA